AUGCACUCGGGGGGCAUUGAAGAUGUGACUAUGAUGGUUCAAGGGCUGGUCCCCAACCACCUGGGGCCUCUGUCCAAGAUCAGCUGCGACCGACUUAUUCGUAUGGCGGAGGACAGGCUUAAACCGAGGCCGCCCUUCGCGUUACCCUCCCAGGCAUCAGAGUUGUGUAAGGAAGGCGCCCUAGGGGCUGCUGUCUUGUCAUCGUCUGCCGAGGGCCCUCGUAAGCGUGUCCCGUGGGAACCCAGAGAGGUCAAUAUGCUGCGCCAUGAGGUUGGCAGAGUGAAGGAAUGGACCUUGAAGGCCCGGCGCUUGCUUGGUGGGGGCUCGGCGUCCAGCAGUGGUCGGCAAAUGGGUAUGUCUGAGGCGCAGGAGCUCCUGGCUGAAGGCCGCUCUCUCGAUAGAGGCAUUGAUUCUGUCCAUAAGGAGGUGAGUGAGAUACUCAGAAUGGUAGCAAAAGCCGAGGCGUUCGGCGAGAAAGUCCGCGCUGCUAAGCCGGCUCCUAACGAUAACCUUAUGACGCUGCCGAUGCUCAGGGACUUGGUCGUUGAGGGCCUUUCCUUACGCAUUGUUCCGGAGCCUGAGAUGAGAUAUCUCCUCCAACAGCAAGAGUUGGUGAGGCUACUCGCUGAAAAGCUCAGGGAAGCGACUCAGGCUAAUUGCCUCGAGUCAUGCCAAAUCGUCCUGUAUGAAGACGAAGGCAUGGACGUGGACUUGGGCCCUAAGAUAGAUCGGCUGCGGGAGCAUGUCACGAUUAGCGAGUGGGCCUCUCGAGCUCAGACCAAGCUCCAUGGGAGGCGCUCCCAGCUGCCCCUCAGUACUGUGGAGCACCUGUUGGCUGACGAUGAUGCCACUGAAAAGCUCGACCCCAAUCACUGUCUUGAGCUCAGGACGCUACUAGAGGCUAGGACGGCCGGUCGUGCGUGGCAGGAACAGGCCCAGAAGUACCUCCAAGCUGAUACGGUAUUGCAGCAUGGAGAGGAACCUGGCGAGAAGGAUCUUGCCGCCCGAGGCACUCUCGAUCAGCUCACGGUGCUCCUCGAGGAGCAUUCCGACCUACCACGUGUCUGUGUGCCCCACGCGGCUCAGCAGUUGGAGGCUCUGAUAAGAAAAGGUCGACAGUGGCUGAGGAAGGUCCAGAGGCUGCUCAUCCUUGAGAGCAACGCUGAAGUGUGCCCUACUGCUUCGGACGGUCGCCUGGUGGUGGAAGAGGCUCUUGAAUCGGACGUCACCAAGGCUAUUGAUUUUUCUCAGCAGAUAGCUGAGCUGAGCCGGGCGGUUGCCUCUUGUGAGGACUGGACGAAGGACGCUGUGGCGGCGUUGGAUCGUGUGAAAAGCAUUGAGAAAUUCGGCGGCUCGGAGUCACCACCCACUCCCAAGCGGCGGAAAAAGGAAUGUCCAAGCACGCCUUCUGAAAGUGGCGAUAACGAGGCAUUGCUGACUGAGCUGAAUAAGGCCCUCCAGCAGUACAGGGAGGAGGUAGAACUGCGACUGGACGAGCUGCCUGGACUGGGGGAAUUCGUGGCUCUGCAUGACCGUGUGAAGGCGCUGUCGUUGAGGGAUAUCAGCGUGGAAGGGGAUGUUCAAAGGGUCAUCGACAAAACGCACAAGUGGCAGGGGAAAAUUAUGAAUGAGAUCCGAGGGUCUCAGUUCCCCCGUCCACAUAGCGUUCUCAAGAGGCUGCUAACACUAUUAUCGAAGUUUCUGGCGGGAGGCAUUGCAGGGGCCAACCCUGGAGAGUACCUGCAGCAGCUCGUUGGGGCUGCCAAGGAAGAGGUGUGGGCCUCCAGGGUCCGCAGUCUAGUGGUUGAAGGAGCUGGGUUGCCUAUGAGCACCUCUGUGCUUGAGGAGCUCUAUAAGGAGCUGCUGCCUCUGCCGCUGAAGGCUCUGGUGGUCCCUAAGGAGGAAGUCAAGGAACUCGAGGAAAACAGCGCCUCUCCUGAGCAGACCUUAGUCUUGAUACGUCAGGUCAGUGAGGAAUUGGCAUCGUCCCUCCAUUCCUGGUCAUUCGGGUGGCCCAAUCGGCAUCCUAGUGAACCGACUCGUGUCGAAGAUGGCAGCGCCUCGAAGACUAUUGGUGGCGAAUGGGAUGUUGUUGUUAUACUGCAAGCAAUUCUUAGCGGAGCGAAGCACGUGACUAGGAGUGCCACUAGUCGGCCCAGGACCUUCUGGGUCGAGGCUGAGGAGGUCCUCAGUGGCUGUGGUGCCACUUUGGUAGACCUUUCUGGGCCCUUGGAGAUCGCCCGGACUGUGCAGACGACGAACCUCGACCUUGAACGCCGUUCCUCUGACCUUCUCGCCCGACUGAGUACUGACCAUAAGGCCUCUUCGCAAGGGCCCGCUGAGCCUUCAGCAGUGGACGCUACGUUAUACACCGACCUACUGGCUCUCCUCAAGAACGUGGACGAAUGCCCGUGUAUUACGGUGAAAUUCGAGGAGACGCUGCGACCGUUGGUCGCUCGCCUGGCUGGGUGGCAGGAUAGGGCUCGAGAGCUGUUCCAUUGGGAUGGGGAAGGGAGGCCCCUGGAGGGCACCUUCAAACCUAGCAGGGAUGCGGUGGAGGAGUACAUUGAGAACCUCAGAGCCGACGACCAGCUCAUGGGAUUGGUCAGCAUGAACUUCCUUAAUCAAGUUGCAUUUAUUUCGGGUGUCCUUGGUGCCGUCCGAGACGUCCAAGCAUGGGAGAAGGAUCUCAAAACCAUGCUUCAGUUGCCGGAAGGAGAUCUGUCCUUAUCGGCACUCCGCAAGCACGUUGGCCAGCGGUCUCAUCUGGCCAUUGAUUUCCCAUGGUCGGAGAGGACCAAGCGGGCGGCAUUUGAAGCCGACCAGUGGUUGACUCUGCUGCAGAGUCGGCGGUCUAGGCGGCGACAUCUCACGUUGAAGACGGCGGAAGAGAUCCUUCGAGCAACGCUGCCGCCAGAAGAGGGAGACGAGUCGGGCUUUACGAGGGAGAUAAUCAAUAAGAGUCGGGAGUGUGUAGCUCUGAAAAAGCACAUGGAGGCGGCCAAGCGGCAUUUACAAGAAGCCAUCAAGGCCAUCCAAGCCAGUCAUGAAGCUCGGGCCGCGCUCCCUGGAGAAGGGCCCUCCAGCUCGGUCGAGCAUGAGGAUGCCUUGUCUGGGCUGGCGGACGAGGGCAAGAAGCUGUAUGUGCAGACUGGUGUUGGCAAGUGGCUCGCUCUCGAGCUAAGAGCACGCAAUGAUAACAAACGUCUACGAGGGGCAUUCGAGAAGGAUGACUGCACGUUGGAAGAGGCCCAACAGAUCUGUCAGAGUGUCAGUUCUCCACCACCCAGCUCAGGGAACCAGCAGGAGCAGCGAACCCCGUACGAUGAGAGUCCGACAGAGGUUGAUGCCAGUAGGCUGACGUCAGAGCUGGGGAGUCUGGAUUUCUCAUGUGAUGGGGAGCUCUUGCGGCGCUUGGCUCGGGAGGUGGCGGCGGCUGAGGCCUACCAGGAGCGCAUCAAUCUAGUCCUCGCGAAGUGCGACGAUGCGAGCCUCACUAACAGGACGGAGAUGGAUCCGGAAAUCGAUCGAGUGAUCGAUAAGGCUCUUGAGUCUUGUGGGGAUCAGAAGGCCCUCCCAGCAGCGGGUCGCCAUAAGCCGCCAGACUACGCCUUCCCUUUGCCGUUCUACACCGCCUGCCUACCACCAGCGGUGACCUCCAAGAAGAAUAAAAGGACAGAGGCGGGGAUGGAGGGCCUCCCUCUGAGCCUGCGUAUACUCGAUAUGGCCCCAUGGAACGCCCCACCGGUAUCUCAAAAUCGGGCGCCUAUAGAGGAAGCACUUCGACAGCAGAGAGUGGCUCUGAUGGCGAUGACGCCGGAGCAGCGAGAGGCGGAAAAGGUCAGCUUUCGGGCACACCUUAAAAAAGCGAAGUCGACGAUGUCGGAGGCUCUCACGGUGCUGGCGUUUGCUCCGAAAGUGCGGUUGAAAAUGGCAGAGGUGGCGGAACUGCGGUGGCUGGUCGGCGUGACCAUGGAAAGCGUUCGUGCGAUACUCCGGCGGCACUCAGUGCUCGUUCCUAAUCCCACUGGUGAGGCUGUCUCGGCGCUGACGUAG